GUGGGUGAUAUCGUGAGAGUAGCCAAAGACGAGACGUUUCCCGCAGAUCUGGUGCUGUUAUCAUCGGAUCGGGCCGAGGGGACGUGCCACAUCACCACCGCCAGCCUUGACGGAGAGACCAACCUGAAGACCCACUAUGCUGUGCCGGAAACGGCGGUGUCGCAGUCUGUGUCGCGGCUGGAGUCUCUGCAGGCGGUGGUGGAGUGCCAGCAGCCAGAGGCAGACUUAUACAGGUUUGUCGGGAGAAUAACAGUAACCCAGCAUGGAGAGGAGAUAGUCAGACCAUUAGGACCAGAGAACCUCCUGCUUCGAGGAGCAAGAUUAAAAAACACCAAAGAAAUAUUUGGUGUGGCUGUGUACACGGGCAUGGAGUCCAAGAUGGCUCUGAACUACAAGUGUAAAUCUCAGAAGCGCUCUGCAGUGGAGAAAUCAAUGAAUACAUUUCUCAUCAUCUACUUGGGCAUCCUGCUGUUUGAAGCCAUCCUCAGCACCAUUUUAAAGUACGCCUGGCAGGCGGAGGACAAGUGGAACGAACCGUUUUACAACCAGAAGACCGAUCAGGAGAGAAACAGCAGCCAGAUUUUGAAGUUUAUUUCGGACUUCCUGGCUUUCCUGGUGUUGUAUAACUUCAUCAUCCCCAUCUCGCUGUACGUGACUGUGGAGCUGCAGAAGUUUCUGGGCUCCUUCUUCAUCGGCUGGGACUUGGAUCUGUACCAUGAAGAAAGUGACCAGAAAGCUCAAGUCAACACAUCAGACCUCAAUGAAGAGCUGGGCCAGGUGGAGUACGUCUUCACUGACAAAACGGGGACCCUGACGGAGAACGAGAUGCAGUUUCGGGAGUGCUCCAUCAAUGGGGUCAAAUACCAGGAGAUCAACGGGAAGCUGGUUCCUGAAGGACUGACAGAAGACACACCAGACGGAUCCCUGCCUUGUCUGAGCCGUGAAGAGGAGCUGUUCCUGAAAGCCGUGUCUCUGUGUCAUACGGUGCAGAUCAGUUAUGAUCAUCCUGACGCCGCGGCGGACCCCUUCUCUCACGCUAACGGCUUCUCUGCGCAGAUGGAGUAUUACGCCUCGUCUCCUGAUGAGAAAGCUCUCGUGGAGGCCACCAAGAGGAUGGGAGUCACGUUUAUGGGAAGCCAUGGAGAAAUCAUGGAGAUUAAAAAGUUCGGAAAAGCAGAGAAGUACAAACUGCUCCACGUUCUAGAGUUUGACGCAAACCGCAGAAGAAUGAGUGUGAUCCUGCAGACACCUUCAGGUCAGAAGGUGCUGUUCACUAAAGGAGCCGAAUCCGCCAUCCUGCCCUACACCAAGAGCGGUGAGAUCGACAAAACCAGAGUCCACGUGGACGAGUUCGCUCUGAAGGGUUUGAGGACACUGGUGGUGGCCUGCAGGCACUUCAGUGCGGACGAGUACAGAGAUGUGGACCGGCGGCUCCAUGAGGCCCGGACGGCUCUUCAGCAGCGAGAGGAGAGACUGGUGGAGGUCUUCAACUUCAUCGAAAGAGACCUGGAGCUGCUGGGGGCCACUGGGGUGGAGGACAAGCUUCAGGAUAAGGUCCAGGAGACAAUUGAAGCUCUGCGAUUGGCUGGAAUCAAAGUGUGGGUGUUGACAGGAGACAAGCACGAGACGGCGGUCAGCGUGAGCCUCUCCUGUGGUCAUUUCCAUCGCACCAUGAACAUCCUGGAGCUCGUGCAGCAGAAAUCAGACAACGAGUGCGCAGAGCAGCUCCGCAGGCUGGCCCGGAGGAUUAAAGAGGAUCAUGUGAUCCAGCAUGGGCUGGUGGUGGACGGGGCCAGUCUGUCUCUGGCUCUGCGGGAGCAUGAGAAACUCUUCAUGGAGGUGUGUAAGAACUGCUCGGCGGUGCUCUGCUGCAGGAUGGCACCUCUCCAGAAAGCCAAGGUGGUGCGACUGUUGAAAACAUCCCCAGAGAAGCCCAUCACAUUAGCCAUUGGUGACGGAGCCAAUGACGUCAGCAUGAUCCAAGAGGCUCACGUUGGUAUUGGAAUCAUGGGAAAAGAAGGAAGGCAAGCCGUGCGAAACAGCGACUAUGCAAUCGCGAGGUUUAAAUUCCUCGCCAAAUUGCUGCUUGUGCACGGCCAUUUCUACUACAUUAGAAUAGCAACCCUCGUGCAAUACUUUUUCUACAAGAAUGUGUGCUUUAUCACUCCCCAGUUUUUAUACCAGUUCUUCUGUCUGUUCUCUCAGCAAACUCUCUAUGACAGCGUGUAUCUGACGCUGUAUAAUAUCUGCUUCACCUCUCUGCCCAUACUGGUGUACAGUCUGUUUGAGCAGCUGGUGCAUCCUCACGUUCUGCAGAGCAAACCAGCACUUUACAGAGACAUCAGUAAAAAUUCCCUGCUCUCCUUCAAAACCUUUUUGUAUUGGACCGUCCUGGGCUUCUGCCAUGCCUUCGUCUUCUUCUUCGGGUCCUACAUCCUGAUGGGAGAAGACACCACGCUGAUGGGAAACGGACAGAUUUUGCGAGCUAACAGGCAACUGAUGUUUGGAAACUGGACGUUUGGCACUUUAGUAUUCACUGUGAUGGUUAUUACGGUAACACUGAAGCUGGCCUUAGAGACACACUUCUGGACGUGGAUGAAUCACUUCGUCACGUGGGGCUCCAUCGCCUUCUACUUCAUCUUCUCCCUGUUUUACGGCGGCAUCAUCUGGCCGUUCCUUCACACGCAGGACAUGUACUUCGUCUUCGUCCAGCUUCUGUCCAGCGGCUCGGCCUGGUUCGCCAUCAUCAUCAUCAUCAUCACCUGCCUGUUUCCUGACGUCAUCAAGAAGGUGUUUUACCGGCACCUGCAGCCCACCAGCACGCAGAAAUCUCAGAUGUACACCAACCGCGUGGCUAUAGGUGACGACUUCAUCGCGCUUCAGCCUCUGUCCCGAGCCAAGAAUCAGCUGGGCAAGAUUAGAUGGAAGCGGAUAAGGUUUCAGUCAGCUCAGAAUAUGACACUGCUGAAAUCGGGAGCAGAGGGGAGGACAAUCGGCCACUGAUCGCUGCUUUUCCUCCGCCUCUGGUGCAGCCAAACCCAUCCCCUAGGUAGUGC